AUGACAGCUCUGGCCGGAGGUCUGCCCAGAAUGAUGAGACCAACUCCACACCAGAACUACCCACGCGGGGGAUAUUCCCUUGAAGUGUCCACUCCUUUAGGCCAGGGCCGGGUAAACCAGCUCGGUGGAGUCUUCAUAAAUGGAAGGCCACUUCCAAACCACAUUCGUCACAAAAUCGUUGAAAUGGCGCACCACGGGAUCCGACCGUGCGUCAUAUCCAGACAGCUGCGAGUGUCCCACGGCUGCGUGUCCAAAAUCUUGUGCCGCUAUCAAGAGACCGGCUCCAUCAGGCCGGGGGCCAUCGGAGGCAGCAAACCCAAGCAAAUGACUUCUCCGGAAGUUGAUAAGAAAAUUGAAGAAUAUAAGAGGGAAAACCCAGGCAUGUUCAGCUGGGAGAUUCGUGACAAGCUCCUGAAAGAUGGAGUCUGCGAUAGAAACAACGUGCCUUCAGUGAGCGCGAUUAGCCGCAUCAUGAGGUCCAAAUUUGGAGAGGAUGAAGAAGAUGAAGAGGAGGUGGUGAAGCGGGAGUUGGACGAGAGCGAGCCGCGCACCAAACACAGCAUCGACGGUAUCCUCGGAGGCACCUCGAGCCAUUCGGAUGAAGCUUCAGAUGUGGACUCUGAGCCAGGGUUGCCUUUGAAGAGAAAGCAGCGUCGCAGCCGGACUACCUUCACUGCAGAGCAACUAGAGGAGCUGGAGAGGGCUUUUGAACGCACUCACUACCCCGACAUUUACACCAGAGAGGAGCUAGCGCAGCGAGCUAAGCUCACAGAGGCUCGAGUCCAGGUAUGGUUCAGCAACAGAAGAGCCCGCUGGAGAAAACAGGCUGGGGCAAAUCAGCUAAUGGCAUUCAACCAUCUUAUUCCUGGAGGCUUUCCCCCAAGUGCUAUGCCAGGUCUGCAGCCAUAUCAGCUUUCUGACAGCCCCUACCCUCCAACUUCUAUCGCACAAGCAGUGGCUGAACAGACGAGCACAGUACAUCGGCCCCAGCCUCUGCCCCCCACCACAGUGCACCAGAGUGGAAUCACCUCCUCGGUCAGCCCCCAGGACGCAGGGUCGGCCUACUGCUUGUCUUCUGGACGCCAUGGUUUCUCCGGGUACUCCGAGAGCUUUGUGACCUCAUCGGCACACGGCAACCCCGGUGUGAACUCUGCCAUCAGCAACAGCCUCUCCCCACAGGUGAUGGGCUUGCUGAACCCAAGCGCAGUGUCACAUCAGACCCAGAGUGACUACGCCAUCUCUCCCUUGACUGGAGGUCUAGAUGCGAAUGGAGGAAUGGCCCCCACUUGCCACAGCUCCCAGCGGCUGGAGGGGCUCCCAGGGCUGGCCAGUAUGCCCACUCUGCCCAGCAGCCAGUCCUACUGCCCCCCAUCGUACACGUCCCCUGCUUAUGCUGUGGACCACCAUCCGCCAUAUCAAUAUGGACAGUACAGCCAGAGCAAGGUGCCAUUCAUUAUCUGA